AUGGGAGUACUUGUGUUUCUGAAUCCAGUCUCGACUACUGUUUUGGAUAAGUUUGCAAGGUCGACGACAGAUAGGCGUAGUUGGAGUUGUAUUAAGAAGAACAGUAGUGUGUGUUGGCAGAGCAAUAUUGGACGACAUGAGAUAACUUCUGGGAAGAUCCCAUGUGGAAGCAAACGUCUGGUCAUGAAUAAUGCAGCAGCAGCAGGAGCUGGAAGCAUGGAGGACUUAUCAUCAAAUGAUGAUCAGAAUAAGUCGACUAAAGAUGACAUACAAGCUGUAGUGAAGACCUACACUUCUGAUGAUGAUGAUGAUGAUAAUGAUGGUGGUGGUAUUGGGAUUGUCAAGUUUCUUAGAGGAAAACGACUUUUUAUUACUGGUGCCACUGGUUUUUUAGCAAAAGUUCUCCUAGAGAAGAUUUUAAGGACAAUGCCUGAUGUGGGUAAGAUCUAUGUCUUGAUUAAGGCACGAAACAAGGAGGACGCAAUGAACAGACUGAAGAAUGAAAUCAUAAAUGAAGAACUUUUCAAGUGCCUGCAACGAAUUCAUGGGAAAUCAUAUGAAACAUUUAUGGUGAGCAAGCUGAUCCCUGUGGUGGGUAAUGUCUGUGAGUCUAAUAUUGGAAUGGAAGAAGAUAUAGCUGAGCUUGUCGCAGGGGAAGUCGAUGUAAUCAUUAACUCAGCGGCCAAUACUACCUUUGAUGAAAGGUAUGAUGUUGCUCUGAAUAUAAACACAAGAGGACCUUCUAGACUUAUGAGCUUUGCCAAGAGAUGUAAGACACUUAAACUCUUCCUGCAACUCUCAACUGCUUAUGUUAAUGGUGAAAGACAAGGUAGAAUCUUGGAAAAGGGUUUCAGCAUAGGAGACUGCAUAGCAAGGGAGAAGACAACAAUCAUCACUUCCAAACCCCUUCUUCUUCUUACAUCUCUCCCUGUCUUGGAUGUUGAAGGUGAAAUAAAGUUAGCAUUUGAGUCGAAACAGACUUUCCAAGACCACCAAGUGGUACAAAGGAUGAAAGAAUUGGGUUUAGAGAGGGCCCGCAUGCAUGGGUGGCAAGAUACAUACGUAUUCACAAAGGCCAUGGGUGAGAUGCUGAUAGAUGAUCAGAGAGGGGAAAUACCGGUAGUCGUUAUUCGGCCGAGUGUCAUUGAAAGCACCUGUUCUGAGCCUUUCCCUGGAUGGAUGGAAGGAAACAGGAUGAUGGAUCCAAUAGUGUUGUAUUAUGGAAAAGGCCAGCUCACAGGUUUUCUUGCAGACCCCAAUGGAGUCCUUGAUGUAGUCCCUGCAGACAUGGUUGUAAAUGCAAUCUUGGCAGCCAUGGCAAAGCAUGGGGCUUCAGCAAGCAGGAAACCUGAGAUAAAAAUUUACCAUGUUGCUUCAUCUGUAGUGAACCCACUAAUGUUCCAAGAUUUGGUUAAGUUUUUCUAUGAACAUUUCAGUUCCUUCCCUUACAUGGACUCAAAGGGAAGACCAAUUCAUGUCCCAAGAAUGAAGCUCUUCACUUCCAUGGAUGAUUUCUCCUCACAUAUUUGGAGAGAUACCAUCCAAAGAAGCGAACAGCUAGUGGCUGCAGCUGCUUCCAAUGAAAAACUAUCUCGUAAACUCGAAAUUGCAAGUAAGAAAUCAGUGGAGCAAGUAAAGUACUUGGCAAACAUAUAUGAACCAUACACUUUCUAUGGAGGAAGGUUUGAUAAUACCAACACCGAAAAGCUGAUGGAGGAGUUGUCUGAAGAAGAGAAGAAGAGCUUUGGAUUUGAUGUAAGGAGCAUAGAUUGGCAGCAUUAUAUCUCCAAAAUUCAUAUUCCAGGCCUAAGGAAGCAUGUCAUGAAGGGGAGGGGGAUGCCUUGAUAUU